AUGCGUUUAUCGGGAACGGGGAUAAAAUUACUCAGACAUUUCCAAACGCUAUUGCUUGGAUCAUUUCAAAAAGAUAAUUUACCGGUUAUUCUAUCAAUGAACUUUCCGUUGUUCGUUCCAACCUAUGAAAUUGAUGGUCGCAUUUAUAGGCGUAAUAUUCAAAGAGCACAAAGAAAUGAAUAUGAGGUAAAUUUUGGGACCAGUGAUACAGCUGAUUUAUACGGUGAAAACGAUUCGUGUGAUUCAGCUGGUCUAGGUGUUGAACAUGUUACAAAGUAA